AUGCACUUCCUUUAUCUUUCUGUCACCCUUUCUUUCUUUCUUUCUUUCUUUCUUUCUUUCAUUCUUCUGUCAAUUAAUUUUGUUACAUUGAACCUUUCAGAUGUACUUUCUUUAUCUUUCUGUCACCCUUUUCUUUCUUUCUUUCUUUCUUUCUUUCUUCUGUCAAUUUUGUUACAUGUACUUUCUUUAUCUUUUCUGUCACCCUUUUUUUUUUUUCUUUCUUUUCUUUCUUUCUUUUCUUUCUUUCUUUCUUCUGUCAAUUUUGUUACGUUGAACCAUUCAGAUGCACUUUCUUUAUCUUUCUGUCACCCUUUCUUUCUUUCUUUCAUUCUUCUUCUUUCAAUUAAUUUCUUUUCAUUGAACCUGUCAAUUAAUUUUGUUACAUUUUCUUUUAGAUUUCUGUUUCUUUUUUUUUCUUUCUUUCUUUCUUUCUUUCUUUCUUUCUUUCUUUCUUCUGUCAAUUUUGUUACGUUGAACCUUUCAGAUGUACUUUCUUUAUCUUUCUGUCACCCAUUCUUUCUUUCUUUCUUUCUUUCUUUCUUUCUUUCUUUCUUUCUUUCUUUCUUUCAUCUGUCAAUUAAUUUUGUUACGUUGAACCAUUCAGAUGCACUUUCUUUUAUCUUUCUGUCACCCUUUCUUUCUUUUUUUCUCCGUUAUGACUUUCUUUCUUUUUUGAUUUUGUAUUUCUUUCUUUCUUUCUUUCUUUCUUUCUUUCUUUCUUUCUUUCUUUCUUCAGUUAAUUAA